GAAACCAAGCCAGGAAGUGGUCUGUGCAAACCAGGAACCAUUGCUCUGUUUGGCAACGUGGUGUACAGCGGACUGCUCAACAAGCACUUCUGGCAUUUUGGGGUUCCCCUUGUCACCAGACUGGGUAAUCAAGAGGCCCCAGCUCCCCCUGAAGCCAUGACUCAACCUUUCCCACCAGCCCAGUACCCUGCUCCACCACAGAAUGGCAUCCCUACUGAGUACACCACACCCCAUACCCAUCCCCCGGUCGACUACACAGGACCAAGCACGGUGGCCGAGCACGCCCUAACACUUUACACAGCGACACACUCACACAGCGAACAGCAAGGAAAUGAAAGCAACAACCCUUCACACACAUCCAACACAGUAACGGCAGAGGAGGCUGUACAGACAGAGGGCUCCCAGCAGCUCCACCUGCAACCCAAUGAUUCAUCUAUGAAGCAGCAGCCUAAGAGAUUACAUGUCUCCAACAUUCCUUUCCGUUUCCGAGAUCCUGACCUCCGGCAAAUGUUUGGGCAAUUUGGCAAGAUUUUAGAUGUUGAGAUUAUUUUUAACGAGCGAGGAUCCAAGGGCUUUGGGUUUGUAACAUUCGAAACAAGUGCAGAUGCUGAUCGUGCAAGGGAGAAACUAAACGGUACAAUCGUAGAAGGACGGAAAAUUGAGGUCAACAAUGCCACUGCCAGAGUAAUGACUAACAAAAAGGUGGCCAACCCUUACACAAAUGGCUGGAAGCUGAAUCCAGUAGUUGGAGCUGUAUAUGGUCCUGAAUUUUAUGCAGUGACAGGCUUUCCAUACCCCAGUACAGGAGCAGCCAUGGCCUAUAGGGGGGCUCAUUUGAGAGGGAGGGGUCGUGCUGUCUACAAUGCAUUCCGAGCUGCACCUCCUCCUCCACCUAUCCCUGCCUAUGGAGCUGUGGUCUACCAGGAUGGCUUUUAUGGGGCAGAAAUAUAUGGAGGAUAUGCAGCUUACAGGUAUGCACAGCCAACUGGGACCGCUGCAGCUGCAUACAGUGACAGUUAUGGCAGAGUCUAUGCAACAGCAGACCCAUAUCACCAUACGAUCGCUCCUGCGGCCACUUACAGUGUAGGCACUAUGGCAAGCCUUUACAGAGGAGGGUGCAGUCGCUUCACUCCCUACUAG